AUGACGUUUAAACUAAAGACGAUCAAACUCCGUUGCUGUCAGCCGGGCUUCCGUAACCUCUUUGUACCACCGUUUCUCCAGCGCUUUGGGAUCCUCGAGGAUGCGUCACACACCACAGUGCCCUCAAAGCGAGCCGAGGACCUGACGGCUCCCAGGCUCUGCGCACGUCACCCGAACCGGCGCUCGCCGGCCGCCCGCGGAGGCACCGGCCGGCGGCCGCCGGGACAGCACCGCGGCGCGGGCGCCCUCCCUCCUCGACGACCGCCUGUCACCGCCGGGCCGGCGGGGCCGCGGGCGGGCGGGCCAGCGGGCGGCGCGGGGCGGGGCGGGCAGGGCGCGUCCCCUACCUUGCUCUGGGGAGGGAGGACGCGAGCGGCGCGGAACCGAGGGGUCUCCUCCCAGGCGCCGGGGACGGGGCUCGAAACCGCGCCCUCCUUCCUCCUCGCCUGUCGCCACGCCCCCCUCGCCCGCACGGACCCACGGCACGGCCGGCGCAGGAGGGUUUACCCCCUGAACGAGUGCCUCAGCGUUGCCGUCGCUAUCGUUGUCUUCGUCGCCACUGCAACCGCCACGAACGCCGCCGAGGCCGGGCUUGAAAACAUCUCCGGUCUGGUCCGUCUCUCACCACAGCCUCCUCGCUCCCAGGCAGCGCCGCCUGGCGAUUGGCUGUGGCGCGGGCACGUGACUCGGCGGGCACGGGACGGGCGGCGUGACCGCCCCGCCCCCGGCGCCCGCCGCUCUUUCAGCUCUACGGGAAGCUUCCCGAGCCGCGGGGCGGGGCGUCGGGACGUACCAAGUGGAGGCGGCGGGGGUGCGGGCCGGAACUCCUCCCUCUGUGCUGUACCCUCUCUACCCCCCCGAGUCUCACCGCCUCCCCUUCGCGUCCGCAGCCCGAGAAGGGAGGGGGAGCCAAAGGCUGAGCGAGGGAGCAGCCAGGAAGCACCGCUGCCGCUGCCGGGCCAGGGGGCUCUGCUGUCACUUUCUGCGGCGACCGUGGCGGUGGAUAUGACUGGAAACUUCUGGAAAUGGCGGCGGCGGCGGCGGCAAUGAAGAGAGACUCUACAUAGGAUACAGAAACCAAGGCUUGGAGAAUUCAGCAUCUGCCCAAGGAACAGAGUUAAGAACUAUGGCGAAAUAACCCAACCCCCAGAGGACAUUUUUAAAAUCAUGUCUUCAUAAACUAAAGCACUACAUUUAUUCUUCUUAUAUUUGAAUUUUAUUUAGAUUGAGAUUCACUGUCACAGUGAACAGAAGGGAAUACAUACACACUUAUACACUAUACUUGGAAAAACAGAAAUUAGAUUCCUUGAGACAUCUGAAGAUUUGGGAGGAUGUCCCUUAGAAGCAGUGAAGACAAAAUCUAUUUUUAUUUAUGUUUUUAAAGGCUAUAUUAGUAGUAUUAAUUUUUCAAAAACAGGUUCCAGAUCUGGGUGGCUACCACAACCACAAAGAAAAGAAAACAAGAACAGGUCCUUAUGUAGGAAUCUAUGAAGAGAGGCAGCAGAGAAGUAGAAGAACCUGUCUUUUUUUCACCCCCACACAUACGUUCCCAGGUAAUCGCUCAACCUCUGCCCUGUCUGACCUCUGUCAUUAGAGCCCAGCUCAGCACCUACUCCUAUUCCCUGGCUUUGUUCAUUUACCUUGUUCCUGCCACAAAUUUUAGCUGAAGAGUUUGUUCAAUUUGUAUCUUUUUACUCCCUCUGGCUUUGUCCUUCACAUUACGUCAUCAAUCUUAUAAGUGUUUUUAGAGCCCUAGGAAAUAAUUUUUUGUUGAGGGGACAGGAAAAUGACACAACAUAAUCAUUUAUAACAUCUUUCAAGCUAUUACAUUAUAUAAUGCAAGUAACUAAGUAGCAUAUUGUAACAAAGAAUGCCUACAAAGCCAGAAAUUAGUUAAUAUAUUUGUAGUUAGGUUCACUAUGAAAACCAGGUCAAAAAGCAAUCACUGUGUACUAUCUGUCAGAGCCUAAAACUAAUGUAGGGUAAGUGGCCAAAUGAUUUAACUUUAAUAAAAAACAAGUAUUUGGCUCUGGCUUUGUUGUUUUGGUUUGUUUUUGUUGCUGGUGGUGAGGAAGA